ACUUUCAUUCUUUAUUAUUUAUCUCCACUCCUUUCUUUCCUCAUUCUUCUUCAUUUUCUGCUACCAUUAUACUCAAGUUCUUCGAAUCCCUCCCGGUUUUCUACGUUAAACGUAUUCCGUUAUGCCGUUGUUAUUGUACUAGCGGACGGGACACACUCGAUGUGCGUGUGCAAGAAUUCAUGCAGAUACGUUUGUUUGAGUUGUUUAAGAUUUUGUACUUUUUUCUGGAGUGUAAUUUGACGCGACUGAAUUAUCUGCAUUGUGUGUAAAUAUUUUUUGAAUAAUGAUGGAGUGUGGGAAAUUGCUUGGCGGUGUAUUUUUGCGCUUUCAUGCUCGUCGGCAUACUAGUCUUUUCACAUGCAAGAGGUGGCUCUAUUGCGCGCCUAAGUUAAUAACGGCGGGCUGGGGCUUAGUCGGAGCUCCUCCCACCGCCACCUCCUCAGUCGCCGCUGGCACAAGUGGAAGGCUGAAGAGGGAAGAUUUCAGACGUACAGGAUAUGACUCUGUUUUCUCUGAAUGGAAGACUCUAGUAGGAGCUUCAGAUUGGAAGGAUCACUGGAUGGGAAAAGAAGGAGCUGAAAGGUACAGGACUCAGAACGUCCCACGUUGUUUUUCUUGUCCAGGAGUUUACGAGCUUGGCAUUGCUAUGUCGUUCGUGGGAAGUAAGAGAGAGCCACGCAAACAUGACUCCAGCUCUGUGGUUCCUGUUUAUGUUGGACAAGCUGACAAUGUUAGGACUAGACUACAACGGUAUGGCAGGGACGGUGCACAUUUAGAGUAUGGAUCAUCACAUGAGGAGUUUGACAACUGUCCCAGACUAUUUUCAGAGAUAUUCUCAAAAGACUUGUCGAUUGUUUAUAGAUGGGCUCCUGUAAGUCCUACUCUUGACUAUCACUUGCAUCUGUGAAUUUGACACAUAUAGGGUAUGUGCCUGUUGGGGU